UCUAAUCUUGUAGUUGGUCGCGGAACAAAAACGACUGGCUGUCCGAGCCGGGGAUGGACGGACGCUUGCCGCUUGGCUCCUCCUCCCCGCACUUCCUCCUCCUCUCGCCUCGCGUCGCUUCUCCCCACUCCACUCCCCUCGCGCCUCUGAUCUGAUGCCGGGGAGGCCCUGAUGACGGCGGGAGCGGGAGCGGGAGCGGGAGUGGGCUGCGGUGGCGGUGGCGGACGCGGGGAGGGGUCCUCCUCCUCCCCGAUGGGCGUCGCGAUCGGGCCCCACCACCAUGGGUCCACGGAAGAGGCCAUGUGGCAAAUGACUUUAGGAGGAGGAGAAUCUAUGGAACCUGGUCCCUACCCUGAGCGUAUUGGAGAGCCAGACUGUAGUUAUUAUAUGAGGACUGGACUUUGUAGGUUCGGGGUGACCUGCAAGUUCAAUCACCCGCCAAACAGGAAGCUGUUACUUUUGGUUAAAUAUAAGGCUGUUGCUGCUGCAAGGAUGAAAGGGGAAUAUCCUUAUAGAGUUGGUCAACCUGAGUGUCAAUACUAUCUGAAGACUGGGACAUGCAAGUUUGGAGCAACAUGCAAGUUUCAUCACCCCAGAGAAAAGGCUGCAAUUGCAACGUGUGUACAGUUGAAUGUUCUGGGCUACCCAUUACGGCCGAAUGAGAAGGAAUGUGCUUAUUAUUUAAGAACAGGGCAGUGCAAAUUUGCAAGCACGUGUAAGUUUCAUCAUCCACAGCCCUCCAAUACAAUGGUUGCUGUACGUGGCUCUGUUUAUUCACCUGGGCAAUCUGCAACCUCUCCUGGUCAACAUACUUAUCCUGGGGCUGUAACUAACUGGACCAUGUCAAGAUCUGCAUCAUUUAUUGCAAGUCCUCGGUGGCCCAGUCAUUCAGGCUAUGCACAAGUAAUUGUUCCCCAGGGCCUUGUUCAAGUUCCUGGGUGGAAUCCUUAUGCUGCACAAAUGGGCCCUUCUUCUCCGGAUGACCAGCAACGAACACCUGGAACCACUCAAUACUACACUGGCUCGCAUCAAAGUGAAACAACUGGUAUGAGUGAACAUGGAAUGUUUCCAUCAUACCAAGCAGGUUCUGUUCCAGUUGGACUUUAUGCAGUACAAGGCGAGAACAUAUUUCCUGAGAGACCUGACCAGCCUGAGUGUCAGUUCUAUAUGAAAACCGGAGACUGCAAGUUUGGUGCUGUUUGCAAGUUUAAUCACCCUAAGGAGCGGCUGAUUCCUGCUCCAAACUGUGCAUUGAGUCCAUUAGGUCUUCCACUUCGCUUGGGAGAACCUGUCUGCACCUUCUAUUCUCGUUACGGCAUCUGCAAGUUUGGUCCAAAUUGCAAAUUUGACCAUCCUAUGAGUACCCUUAUGUAUGGAACUGCAACUUCACCGACACGUGAUGCGCCAACUAUGCACUACCAGUUGGCACCCUCACCAGGACAUUCCGAAAGGUUGCUCAACGGAGGCUCUGGAAGGUCUCAUAGGAUUUCCCAAUCUGAUUCCCAGCAAAUACCCUCUGGCAAUGGAAGUACUGAGAGAGAGGCAUCAUAAGCCCUCCUCAGCCUUUCUUCAUGCUUAUUCCCAUUCUUGUCUCUUCAGUAAUUAUCUCCCAACACAUUCAAAGAGCUGAAGCUGUACAGGUCCUCGUCCAUCCUUUUUCCGCUGUUUUGAGCUUCCACAUUCCGGUGCUUCAUCAUGUAUCACAUUCAGGCAGGAAAAAGUUCUUGCUUACCCCCUGGCGCCCAUAUCCCUGUGAAAAUAAAUGGGGUAACCAUUCUUAUUUAUCCCUACCAUAUACACACAAGAUACACACUCCCUGAUCCCUUUGUUGUAGUUAUACAGGUGACCUGCAGUGGACAAAGCUUACCAAACUGACUGUACUGGGAAUGCAACAUCACUUCCUCUGUUUCCUUUUGCUCUUCGUUUCUAGGCAUUGGGGAUGUAAGGGCAGGAUGUGCUGCUUGUGCAAGUGUGCAUCUUGAAAACUAAGAUUUGCUUUUCUGAGUACCAAAAGCAAGCACAGCGGAAAUAAUACCCUGCCUUCUAUGGAAUAAUUGUAAUCUAUGUAUGCCCACUGAAUUAUUUAUUCAAUAAGAGAUGUCGACUACCGCUGCAACCGUCA